GGAUUAUCAGCUUUUUUGUGGCGUUUACGUUAAGCUGUGAAAAUCUUAGACGUUACAAAAGUACAGGUUUUGGUUGGUUUUAUUCCGUUAGCUUUCUCGCUGCAAAAUUUUCCUGGAAAAAAUUCUCAUAUCACAAGCUCUCUCUCGCUCGAGAAUUCAUUUCCCAGAUAAGUUUCCUUGCCAAAGAGAAAUCUUGCUCGUUUUCCUUUUGUUCGACCAAUAUUUCUGAGCUGAACUAGGUGGCGUUUGUUGUUUUCUGAAUUGGGAUUUGUAUUUCUUUGGAUGAGCAAUAACAAAUCCUGAUUUGGGAAGGUACAACAAGUUAUUACUCGUCGCUUCUGUUAUUGAUUCUCUGUUUCUCUUCUUCUUUAAUAUUCUUCUCGUGCUCAAGAGAGAAGAACCAAUUGAGAUUCAGCGGAGGAACAUUGGAUUUUGAACUUAUUUUUAGAAAUUGGCACUCAAUUAGGACGUGAUAUGUCAAUCUAGUAUAUGGGUUCUGUUCUAUAGGAGCUUGCUUUCCAUUUGCUCGUGUAUUUGAUCUGUAUAAUUUUGGACUGGCUUGUGCGCAUGUGCUCUGAAUAAUACUGAGAAACUAAAUUUUCUGAAUAUAUUUUCUGUUUUAAUUCUCAGCAUAUUGGAAGUGUUUAUUGGGCUACAGUUUUUAGAGAGUUAUUCAAUAGUGUUGGGCUACAGUUUAACUCAUCUGAGAACUUGUUCUCUGCCACCGUUCACCGAUUUCGGAAUUGUAUAUUGGUUCAAAUUUUUGGGUUUUAGUUGGAGAAGAAUUAUAUAAUCAGUUUUGUAUUGUAUUGUGGCAAUUGUGCUUUAGAUUGUUGUGUUCAGGAUGGGGAAGAAAAGUGGGACGAAUAAGAAAGGGACAGCAGGGCAGGCAGUUGAAAGUAAUGUGAAGCAAAAUAGCCCUAAAUCUAACAAUAAGGAAACUACAGCUCUCAUUUCCAUGUCUCAAGAAUUGAAGGAUGAAGGGAACAGGCUGUUUCAAAAGAGGGACCUUGAAGGAGCUAUGAUGAAAUAUCAGAAGGCCCUCAAAUUGCUUCCCAGGAAUCAUAUGGAUGUAUCUUAUCUGAGGAGUAACAUGGCUUCAUGUUAUAUGCAGAUGGGUCUGAAUGAGUACCCUAGGGCAAUCCAUGAGUGUAAUUUGGCACUGGAGGUCACGCCAACGUAUAGUAAAGCACUGUCAAAGAGGGCAAGGUGUUAUGAGGUUUUGAAUAGACUGGAUUUGGCUCUGAAAGAUGUUAGUAUGAUCUUGAAAAUAGAUCCAAACAAUGUCAUGGCAAUAGAGAUUGCGGAAAGGGUGAAAACUGCACUUGAGCAGAAAGGACUAAGGGUAAAUGAUACAGUAAUUGAACUGCCUCCAGAAUAUGCCGAACCUCCUAGCACCUCUAUAGUGCCAAAAGCAGUAGAAGAGAAGACAAGGAAGAAGAAAAAUAAAAAGGCUGAGAAGAAAAAUAAACAGGUUGAGGAGAAAAAGGUUGAUGGGGAAAUUGAAGAGAAACAGACCGAGGAUAAGGCGGUCAUAGAGGAGCAAAUUAGUGUUGCAAAGGAAGAACCAAAAAAGAUUGUGAAAUUGAUAUUUGAGGAGGACAUAAGAUGGGCUCAGAUACCCUUUAAUUGCAGCCUCCUGCAACUCAGGGAAGUCAUAUCUGAUCGAUUUCCAGGCUCAGGGGCUGUCCUUAUCAAAUAUAGGGAUCAAGAAGGGGAUUUGGUAACAGUAACCAGUGAUGAAGAACUGAGAUGGGCUGAAGCAUCAGCUGAAUCCCAAGCCUCUAUCAGGCUGUAUCUAGUGAAAGUCAAUCCUCAGCAGGAUCCAUUCUUUGGGAAACUUAACAAUGAGGAGGUGCACAAUAUGGAUUUUGUACAGAAGUUUGCCAGAGUGAAUGGGAACAUGGAAAAAGGCAAAGAGGCAGAAAAUAGAUCUUGUCAUAUUGAUGAAUGGAUAAUAGAGUUUGCCAAGCUGUUCAAAGACCAUAUGGGGUUUGAUUCUGAUGCAUAUUUCGGUGUUCAUGAGCUUGGUGUUAAGGUAUAUUCCGAGGCUAUGGAGGAGGCAAUUACAAGUGAAGAAGCACAAGACCUUUUUAACACAGCAGCAGGGAAGUUCCAAGAGAUGGCUGCUUUGGCAUUGUUCAACUGGGGAAAUGUUCAUAUGUCUAGAGCAAGAAAGAAGGUUUACUGCACAGAAGAUGCUUCAAAAGGUCCAGUGCUUGAACAGAUAAAAACUGCAUAUGAUUGGGCACGGAUAGAAUAUGUUGAAGCGGGACAGAAGUAUGAAGCAGCAUUGAGAAUCAAACCAGAUUUCUAUGAAGGUCUUCUAGCUCUAGGGCAGCGGCAGUUUGAGGAGGCAAAAAUGUCUUGGUAUUAUGCAAUUGCUAAUAACAUUGACUUAGAAUCAUGGCCUUCUGAAGAGGUUCUACAACUUUAUAAUAGUGCUGAGAACAACAUGGAAAAAGGCAUGCGGAUAUGGGAAGAACUGGAAGCACAAGGGCAAAGUGAACUUUCUAAUUCAUUUAAGCUUAAUUCUCAAUCAGAGAAAAAGGGGUUGGAUGGGCUAUUUAAAGAUGUAACAGCAGAAGAAGCCACUGAGCAGGCAAAGAACAUGAGGUCUCAGAUUAACCUCCUAUUGGGAACCAUACUUUAUGAGCGAUCAAUUAUGGAAUUCAAAUUAGGGCUACCACUCUGGCAAAAUUGUUUGGAAACUGCAGUUGAGAAGUUUGAGCUUGCUGGAGCUUCACCAACAGAUAUAGCUGUUAUGAGAAAGAACCAUGUUUCAAAUGAUAAUGCACGAGAAGGCCUAGGAUUUAGAAUUCAUGAAAUAGCACAUGCAUGGAAUAAGAUGUAUGAGUAUAAGGCCAAAAAGUGGCAAAGUGGGGUUCCCACCUUCCGAUUAGAACCUAUACUUCAGCGACGAGUGUCAAAACUUUAUCAUGCUUUGGAGUUUGCAUGAGUUGUAUGCUUUAGAACUUCUAUAUCAUGCCUUCAAAUGUCAUCUAGAACAGAUGGCCUUGCUUGCUAAGGUUUUUCACAAAGUACGUUUGGAUUCAGUUUCAGCAAUGAUUCUUUAGAGACACAGAAGCAGUUGUGGAAUUGCAUUGCGUGAAUUACAAAAACAGAUUCUUCCAUUUGUUAAAAGAUGGGGAGAAGAUGAAGUAGCAGGGACUUCCUUUUUCUGUUAGUUUCUGCUUUCACAGGAUCAUUUCCCCAUUGUUAAGUUUAGCUAGUCAACAGGUUAAAGGAUAUUUGUAUUUCCCAUUCAUUUUGUCAAGUUGUUCAACAUCUUAGCCUGUAGUUUUGAGUUUUAACUUCUGCAACCCCAUACUACUUCUAAUUUUUAUUUAUUUUUGUUAAAAUAGUGUUUGUUUUAGGAAAGAACAAUGUUAGUUGCUACUUCUUAUAAAUUUAAUGGAAGUUUACUAUUUAAUUUU